CUCUCAUUGUACGGACUCCUGUGUUGAUCAACUUACGAGGCCUCUGAAGGUGCUGUCCGAUUGACUUUCUUAUUCGGCCAUGGCUGCUCCCCGACUUUUCCGCCCAGCAGCUCGUCUGCUUCCCUCGCGCCUUUCCUCGACUCCUCUUCUCCCGAAUUUCCCGCGAGUUGCCCGCGCCCCUUCUAUCCUGUGCUCUAGGGGUUACGCCUCUGAAGCAGGUGCGAAGGAGGUCACAGUCCGUGAUGCGUUGAAUGAAGCUCUCGCCGAGGAGCUUGAGGGCAAUGAGAAAACUUUCGUGAUGGGAGAGGAAGUCGCGCAGUACAACGGAGCAUACAAGGUGACGAGAGGUCUACUGGACCGCUUUGGCCCAAAGAGAGUUAUUGACACCCCCAUUACGGAGGCUGGUUUCACCGGUCUCGCCGUCGGCGCCGCCCUUGCCGGACUCCACCCUAUUUGCGAGUUCAUGACUUUCAACUUCGCCAUGCAGUCGAUCGAUCAUAUCAUCAACUCCGCGGCCAAGACACACUACAUGUCCGGAGGAAUUCAGCCUUGCAACAUCACUUUCCGCGGACCUAAUGGAUUUGCUGCCGGCGUUGCUGCUCAGCACUCUCAAGACUACUCUGCUUGGUAUGGCAGCAUCCCUGGUUUGAAGGUCGUUGCUCCCUGGAGCGCCGAAGAUGCCAAGGGUCUGUUGAAGGCUGCCAUUCGUGACCCCAACCCCGUUGUCGUUUUGGAGAAUGAGCUUCUGUACGGUCAAGCUUUCCCGAUGAGCGAGGCUGCUCAGAAGAACGAUUUCGUUCUUCCUAUUGGCAAGGCCAAGAUUGAACGCCAAGGCAAGGAUCUCACGAUUGUCUCCCUCUCCCGCUGUGUGGGUCAGUCACUCAACGCCGCUGCCCAACUCAAACAGAAGUAUGGUGUGGAGGCUGAAGUCAUCAACCUUCGUUCCGUCAAGCCCCUUGACGUGGAGACCAUUAUCCAGUCCCUCAAGAAGACGGGCCGUCUCAUGUGUGUCGAGUCCGGCUUCCCCAUGUUCGGAGUGGCAUCUGAGAUCCUUGCUCUGUCCAUGGAGUAUGGCUUCGAUUAUCUCACUGCUCCUGCUGUCCGUGUCACCGGUGCUGAGGUUCCUACUCCCUACGCCGUUGGCUUGGAGCAAAUGAGCUUCCCUCAGGAAGACACAAUCGUCAACCAGGCUGCCAAGCUGCUGCGCCUGUAAGAUAAUUCGUUGUACGUGAAAAGCAGGCGGUUUGAAACCCCAGUUAAUAAAGCCUGAUGUGCCUAGCAUCCUAUGAUCGUUGCCAGUCACUUUCAAUAUUCCAUCUCGUCUUGCCCUACCCCCUGUCCAGAAUUUGUACGACUACGCAACAGAACCAAUUUCAAUUUGCAUUCUUAGACAAUUACUUAUGCCGAACUAUUUCACAUAGAUCUUAUCAUGUGUCAAUGUUUUACAAUUCCGGUAUGUGGUUGUUGAAUCAUAGCACCGCGCAUACAACUGAGGUUGAGUUGGCCGACUAGGGUGGAACGAGAUGAUACCUGCGGAACGCCUGAAACUAGAAUAAGACCAGAAGCAUUAGGACAGGAGAUAAAGAUCAGUAACUAAAAUAUAUAUACCCC